UCUCUUUAAACGCGUUGUCCUUACGCGGUAUGUGUGUUUGUGUUGCUACACUAUUUGACAGCUCGACUGUUCUGUUCCUGCGCAUUACCAUUACAGACCGUCCAACACCGCCGGUGGGAGGAAGACACAUUUUCUCCUGCGUGGACUGCACUGGUCAUUGUAAAUGUGUGAUUUUAUGUCGCACGCUAAAGACUGAAGAGACGGAGGCCAUGUACCGAUCAGCUCAGGUUUGAUCGUGGAAGAUGCUCGGACCUGAAGGCUGGUGCUGGAAUUACGAAGACAUGAUGUAGCCAUUGAACCACUCUUCUGUAGCUAGUCAGCGCGCGAACACGGCGUUUCUCAUCUGAUCGAGUUCCAACCUUCGUGAGUCAAUAUUUUCACCCCUUCAUAAAAAUGGGACUCAAGUGAUCAAUGCCUUGGGAGAUGACGACUUUCCAGGACGUGAGCUGGCUGGUUCAGGUGGCACUUUUCUGUGCCUCGCUGCUGGUCGUACUAGCCUGGCUCGUUCAGUUCUCACUGGCGUUAGUUCGCCCUAGAUGGUGCAGCAAGCUGCAGGGCAAGAGGGAGACCCCGUGGCAGCUGCCCUUGAGUCUCACCCAUCAAACACUGACCGGAGGUGUGUGGGGAUCUCUCCUGAGGCUGAGGCUGGGACGAGACGGGGCAGGAAGUGACACUGAAGCUGGCGUCAAGGGCCUUUUGUCCUCGCUCUUUGCCUUCAGGUCAUUCAGGGAGCACUGGCAGAGAGCAUGGGUGCGGGCACUCAACGAACAAGCCUGCAGACAAGGGAGCUCCAUUCAAAUCACCUUUGAUGACAGCCUUCAACUACCAACUUCUGCGUCCAUUGACCGUGUGACUUGCACUGACCAAUCAGUACGCAGCAUGGUCCUGCAGUGCAAUUGUUCGGUCGACACCGUGUCAUUCCCUGUGACUGUCACUCAGCAGUCACCUGCCACCGUUUCUAUGGAUACCUACCAGAUCACGAUGGAUCCCAUGCAGGCCCAGUUGCAGGUCUGUCUUGAGGAAGUGGAGGAAGAGGGUCUCUUGGUGUCCUGGACUUUUUCCAAGCAACCUCAUCUCUCUUUAACCGUAACAUCACGCCAAAGAGCCCAGAAGGAGGGCUCUGAUGUGGAGGUGGACAGCGAUAUGAUUGCUGCUCUGGUGGAGGACACGCUGUACACAACGCACCCUGCCAUGAUCCUCAACCUGAGAGCCUGUGUAUCAAGCCCUGCGUUUCCCAGGGAAAAGCAGAUUGGUGGUCUUAACUCUCCAUCUCAGAGCACACCAGGCAGGCGAAUACUGGUGCACCAACUCAGAGCAAGCAAUGUCAAAAAAGGAUGUCAGUCUCAUGUAGGAGAGCUCUGUUGCGUGCUGAGCUUGGACACUCCUUCCAUUGAACGGAGAACCGGCUUCCUCACUCCUUCCCCCAGUUCUGGAGCAGCCCUGCACUGGACUGACGACUUCACACUGGAUGUAGGACCAGACACCAAAGAACUCAAAGUGAGACUCGUGGAGAAAAACAGCAAAGGGGAACAGUUUCUGCCUGGUCAUGCUUCUUUGGCAUUGGAUCUCUCUAAGAGAAUUCCUAAUGGACAACAUAAACUGUCCAUUGCUCCAGGUCACGGUUUGGCUCCUACCGCUAUCGUAUCAUUAGAGCUGGCGUAUGUGGAGUCCGGUGAUCUUCGCGUAUGUCAGAACGCCACACCUCUGCGUUCCUCAGUCACUCCCUCUAAAAAGGUGGACGUGGACCGCACCAUCAUGCCCGACGGCACCAUUGUCACCACUGUCACUACUAUACAGUCACGACUAAAACUGGACCGAAAACUAGGCGAAUCUCCGUCUAGAUCUCCCUCAAAGGUGGAGGUGACUGAAAAGCCUCCCACCGUGCUCACCAACAGCUUACAGAGCACCAGUGGCAGUGGCACCCCCAGCACAGAAGGCACCCUUCCCAAUGGGCUGGAUCCCGUAGCAGAAACAGCCAUUCGACAGCUGACAGAGUCUGCUAGUAAGGUACCCAAGAAGACGCCAACCAAACGCAGCACUCUCAUCAUAUCUGGGGUGUCGAAGGUGCCCAUUACUGAGGAUGACUCAGCCUUAUCAGUGGGCUACGCUGCAGCCAUGGACGCAGCCCUACAGGGGGCUCAAUCUCCCAGUGGAGCCCCGAACCACCACGGAGCAUCCACACACCAGGAGCCAGACGAGACCACGCCGUCUGACGCCUCAGAGCGACCUUCAGUGGAUGACGCGGAGUCGGAGACGGGAUCAACCGGCGCACUGGAGACACGCAGCCUCAAAGACCACAAAGUGGGCUUCCUCCGCAGUGGCACCAAGCUGCUUUUCCGGAGGAAAAACCGAGAGAAAGACGCCAGUUUCAGUCAGUCUCACGAGGACAUCUCUAACCUGGGCAAUGACUCCUCCACGGCCUCCUGCUCCUCCACCAGCCGUAAGAAAUCUGGAAGUUUCUCUCGUCGCCUCAUCAAACGCUUUUCCUUUCGCUCAUCCAAGACAAAGGGCAAAAGUACAGCCAACGGCGGGUCCAACACUACAGACAACUAGAGGGGAAAUGGGGAAAAGAAAAGUGAAGGAAAGAGACACGGUGCGGGCACCAGUCAAAUCAAUGUGGAAUAAUUGGCUUUAUGUUUCUUCAGAACAAGUUAUUUAUGUUAUAUACUGAUUGUCCACAACCUAAAACAGUAAUAUCAUACUUCUGACCACACUAUAUACCUAUGAAGCCAGCCUUGCUUUGGCGUUAAUGGAAACGCCAAUAAAUGCGGAAAAUAAAAGGAUUUAUAUGGAUGCAUUGCUUAUCUAAUUUAUUUGAUACAACGGACAAAAUGUUGCUUUUCUGGAUGAUUUCAGGCGAACAAACUGGAAAACCCCAAAAAUGGACGGGAUCGUCAUGCGGUUAUUGAGCACAAGGGGGCGACAGAGACCAAUGACUAUUCAAGCCUCCAAACUGUCGCUGUGUCGUUUUUCUUAUUUAUUUUACUUCAUCAUUUGCACUUUGGAUCUUAUUCUGAUUGUUUACAAUGCUGGGGAGCUCUCUUUCUGUCGUUUUUAAUCAUGUUUGUGUAUCGUUUACUGUUGCUCUGCACUGGUUUAUUUCUCCUGCGCUCAUUAGGAGUAUCCGGAGAGUGUGAUAUGCUAGGACAUGCUGUGAGCUUUGUUCUCGUUUUGCUGUUGCUAUAUAUAGCAUUUAGAUCAAGGGAUGGGAUUCCCUGUUUUCAAAUAGUGGUACGUUUGACUUUCAUCGUGGCUUCAGUAAUAUUUUAUAACGAUGUUUCUAUUCGUUUAAGAAACGGAAACGUUCAUAAGUUACUGUAGACAUAUCGCACUAAAUGACGUCUGUCUGUGUGUUUUGGUUGUAAAACACGAGCCCUUCGUUUGACAAAAGGGACACACUACAGGUCAAAAAAACGCAUUUGUGCAUAUUUAUAAAUUAUUCCAGGAAUUAUUGUAAAUCUACAACCUCGUGAGAUGCAUCAGGCUGGAUCUGCAGUGGGAAAGUGCUAUUUUCAGGGUCCACGUGAAACCUCAGGGGCUAAUAUAAAAGGUAUAAUAAGUUUCAUCGCUUUAUUUUUUUCAGAGAUGGCUUUUUAAACCGAACAGGCGCUGCCCCAGUAACACACAACCGCGUUUAUUUAAAGUGAGCUGCAAUAAAGGUCUUUUGCACGUCAAAUACAUAAAGUAGAUUUUAUUAGUGGUAGCUUUUUAUUGUAAUACUAAGCAGGAGGCUUUGUUGUUUUCUGGUAAUGUAAGGUCAAAUAUAGGAGUAGUUCAUACUCAAACCUCCUACUCAACGUGGUCACCAUUCAUUUUCAUUUGAUGGAUAUAAAGAUGCUGUGGUAACUGAAGCUGGUUAUCUGCAUUAAACUCUUCAUGUUGCACGAAACAGGAUUGAAACCCCCAAUCAAAUAUCAUUUUGAUGAACUGUCCCUUUAAAGAAUCUCUCGCAGUAUCUUCCCUUUUUAAGAUGUCUAAUAGACGUCUAAACAGUCCUCAUGGCUAAAUAAAGGGCUGUCAGUGAAACUCCAGUAGACGUCUAAAAUAGGCCAAAACUAGACUAGUCAUCAAAUAAACAGAAAUUAAUGACUACAUAUAUAAAGUCUGUCUAUCUGACGACUAGUGUAGUUUUGACUAAUCCAAGCUGUUUAUGUUUAGAUGUCUAUUAGACGCCUAUUAAACUAAAAAAUAGUCUGCUGGGGUUCCCCACCCAUACGACUCAAUGCAAUUCUCAGACUUUUGUUUUUCAUUCCAAAUAACCUGAACUUAUAAUAAAGGCAAGGGUGUUCUAACCAAAAUAAUAGCUACAGGAAAGCAUUUUAGCAAUUAUACAGUGAAUUGCAGGUCACGAGUCAAUGGCUCAGCGCUUUAUAGUCAUUUUGGAGCAUAAAGCCUGAAAAAUGUAUGAGCAAAAUGUUGUGAUGACAGCGAACAAUCUGAAGUGAAGGUGCUGCUGCUGGGCCUUCUGAGGUAUUCGGAGCUUUAUAUUGUUGUUCAUUUGAUGUUUAAUUUAUUCUGAAUAAAUUAUUUUUGAAAAACCA